AUGGAGCGAAUCAUCCGCCCCGUGUCCCGGCAACUCCUGCGUCCUCAUCUUCGAUAUCCCUUUUCUAUUCCCCCGUCCGUCGCUGCGAAGAGACUCUACACCAUGGGACACAGCAAGCCUGAGUUGAAAGAUCCGUCUCUCUUCAUUGAGAAAUGCUAUGUGAAUGGCGAAUGGGUUGGUGCCCAAUCUGGCAAAACCUUUGAGGUCCACGACCCUGCUACCGGACAACUUAUCGGAAAAUGCCCGGAAUUCGACCCCGCAGAUGUCGAAAAGGCGAUUGAGGCUGCCUCGGCCGCUUUCCCUUCCUUCCGUACAACCCUGGCCCGCGAGCGCGCCCGGAUGCUCCGUCGAUGGUACCAACUGAUGAUUGAUAACGCCGAGGAUUUGGCGAAACUAAUUACCUGGGAGAAUGGCAAGCCCCUCGCUGAUUCUAGGGGCGAGGUCAACUAUGCCGCCGCUUUCUUCGAAUGGUUCAGCGAGGAGGCACCUCGUAUCUAUGGUGACACUAUUCCGGCUUCAGUGCCCGGUAAUCGUGUCAUUACACUAAAGCAGCCCGUUGGUGUUUGCGGUCUGAUUACACCUUGGAACUUCCCAGCUGCCAUGAUCACCCGCAAAAUUGCCCCCGCCCUGGCGGCUGGUUGCACAGUUGUGGCAAAGUCUCCUCAGGAGACUCCAUUCACUGCAAAUGCCCUCGCAGAGUUGGCUCACCGUGCUGGUAUUCCCAAGGGCGUUGUCAACAUUGUCACAGCCUCGGAGAAUACCCCGGCAGUGGGUGAGCUGAUCACCACACACCCAGAAGUGCGCAAGGUGUCCUUCACCGGGUCCACAAAUGUGGGUCGCAUCCUCAUGAAGCAGGCUUCAUCUACCAUUAAGAAGGUCUCAUGGGAGCUGGGCGGUAAUGCGCCCUUCAUUGUCUUCGAUGAUGUUGAGGACCUUGAUGCUGCUGUAGCAGGCGCUAUUGCCUCGAAGUUCCGUAGCUCUGGCCAGACCUGUGUCUGUGCGAACCGGAUCUACGUGCAAAAGGGUGUGUACGAUGAAUUUGCCAAGCGAUUUGCGGCCAAGGUCAAGGAAUUCAAGCUCGGAGCUGGCUUCGAGGAUGGCAUUACUCACGGGCCCGUCAUUCAUGAGCGUGCCGUGGGCAAGGUGCACGAGCAUAUUCAGGAUGCUACCAGCAAGGGCGCUCAGAUCCUUAUUGGUGGUAAGAAGGCCUCCGCGCUGGGCCCUAACUUCUACGAGCCCACUGUCCUUGCUGGUAUGACUAAGGACAUGCUCAUUGCCUCUGAGGAGACUUUUGGUCCGGUUGCUGGUCUCUUCUCCUUCGAGACUGAGAAGGAGGUUGUGGACCUGGCCAACAAGGCCGAGGUUGGUCUCGCCGGUUACUUCUUCAGUGGAAAUGUUCGCCGUAUUUUCCGUGUUGCUGAAGCCUUGGAAGUUGGUAUGGUCGGUGUCAACACUGGCUUGAUUAGUGAUGUGGCUUCACCAUUUGGUGGUGUUAAGCAGAGCGGUUUUGGCCGGGAAGGCAGUAAGUAUGGUAUUGAUGAGUUUAUGGUUAUUAAAAGCGUUACUUUCGGCGGCAUGGGAGAGCCUCUACAAGCAUAA